CUCUCUCUCUCUCUCUGCUUCCACAAAACGACAUUUCCUUAUAUAUCCCUUCUCCCUCUCACUAUUCUUCUCGCUCUUCUUCUUAACGCCACCUUGGCUUCCAUAAAAUGUAUUUUUUCACUGAGAAAAUGCAGAGUUUGAAGAUGGGAUUCCCUGACUACAUCCAAACAUUAGAAGAAGAACGCCGUAAGAUUCAGGUGUUCUCCAAAGAGCUUCCUCUUUCCUUGGAACUGGUUACUCAAGCCAUUGAAACUUGCAAGCAGCAAUUGUCUGGAACUACGAGUGAGUAUAAUUUGAAUGGCCACUCGGAGUGUUCGGAGCAGACAACGUCAACGGAAGGGCCUGUUUUGGAGGAGUUUAUUCCAAUCAAGAAAAGGGCAUCAUCAUCAUCCCCUUGUUGUGAUGAAGAUGAUGAGCAACAUUCUCACAAGCAAAGGGUUUCAAAGGAAAAUAAUAACAGUGAUAAGAGGAAAUCAGACUGGCUUAGAUCUGUUCAGUUGUGGAAUCCAGAUCCCCCAGCUGAGGAGGAUGUGAGUAAGAUAGUGUGUGGGGUGGAACUGAAGAGAAGUGGAAGUGGUGGUGGUGCUUUCCAGCCACUCCACAAGGAAGAAAAAAGUUCAAAGCCAAGUGAAUCAUUGAGUAAAACACCCUCUUCAACCCCGGUAGUUGCGACGAGUUCUAGCGCUGUAGAACCCGCAGAAGAAAAAUCUCUGAAUGAGGGACAGAGAAAGCUUCGCAGGUGCUGGUCACAGGACUUGCAUAAGCGCUUCUUGCAUGCCCUUCAGCAGCUUGGGGGUGCAGAUUCUGCCACACCAAAGCAAAUCAGAGAGCUGAUGAAUGUUGAUGGCCUCACAAAUGAUGAAGUCAAAAGCCAUUUGCAGAAAUACCGUUUGCACACUAGAAGGCCAAUUCCCAUGGUUCACAACAGUUCCGAUCCACAAACAGCACCUUUUGUCCUUGUAGGGAACAUUUUUGUCCAAUCACCAGAAUAUGCAGCUGUAGCUACCUCAACAGCAUCAAGAGAAGUGGCCACAGUUGCAGCACCUGCUAGAAUUUAUGCACCAGUGGCCACACAUCCUACACCUGUUUCACACCCACCAGAUGAUUCAAUUAAGAAGCCACAGUUUAAGAAAGUAAAGCUGUUUGAGCUUUCAAAUUCAGAUGAUAGGGCUAAUCACAGUGAAGGAGCUGUUCAUUCAAAUUCCCCUACCUCAUCCUCCUCCACACAUACCUCUACUUCCCCUGGCUACUGAGUUUUAAGAUGUUGCACAAGUUUUGUGACCAAAAUUGCUGUAGAAAGUCCUCUGAUAUUUUUCUUCUGACUUUUUUUUUUGUACUAAAAUGUUCUUUACUCCUGUUAUCUGGGAUUUAAAUCAUAGAGGUUACACAGAAAGUGACAGUUUUGAUGUUAAAUAAAGUCCCACCCUCGAUGCUAGCUGGUUACCAUGUUAUCUCCUUGGCACAGAAGGUGAACUGAAAUUUCAAAAUUUAAAUUUGGAAGCAUGUUCAAUGUUUUAAUU